AUGGAGAAGGAAUUUGGUAAGUUUCUUGAAAUAUUUAAAAGUUUACACAUUAAUAUUCCUUUUGCUGAUACUUUAGCCCAGAUGCCACACUAUGCAAGGUUUUUGAAGGAAUUAUUGGCAAAUAAAAAGAAACUGGGAGAUAUGGCUAUAGUUGCUUUGAAUGAGGAAUGUUCUGCUAUCCUUCUGAACAAGCUGCCUCAGAAACUCAAAGAUCUAGGGAGUUUCACUAUUCCUUGUACCAUAGGCAGUUUAAAAAUUGAGAAAUCUUUAUGUGACCUGGGAGCUAGCAUCAAUUUAAUACCAUUUUCUAUCUUCAAGAAAUUGGGAUUGGGGGAACCCCAACCCACUAGAGUGGCAUUACAAUUGGCUGAUAGAUUCAUUAGAUAUCCUAGGGGGACCAUAGAAGAUGUCUUAGUUAAAUUUGACAAAUUCACUUUUCUUGUUGAUUUCAUUGUGUUAGACAUUCAAGAAGAUGUGGAGGUCCCACUUAUCCUAGGGAGACCCUUCUUGGCUACCGGGAAAGUGAUGAUUGAUGUCCAACAAUGA